AGGAAGGAGCGCAGGAUGUUGAAGAGGUCAUGUUUCUCCACAAUGAACCCGGUCUGCAAACGCCUCAAACUCAGCCCGUCCAGACCUGCUGUCAGCGGCAGACCGCCGCGCUCCGGUCCGCAGCUCCUCUCCCAUGAUGCUCCGCUGCCGCCGCCUCCUGCUGCUCCUGCAGGGGGCGGAGCUGAGGAGGAGGAGGAGGAGGAGGGUUACCUGCUGGUGGAGGAAGACACCACCGACUCCAGCCUCAUCAUCACCAUGGAGGACAGCCAGGUGGAGGUGAAGGCAGCGAGGAGGAGAGCGGUGAGGAAGAGGAAGAAGAGACUGACCGAGGAGGAAGAGGGGGGCGGAGCCUCGGAGAGCGAGGAGGAGGAGGCGGGCGUAGACGUGGAGAUCGACAGACAGCUGGACCAAUCGCUGGAGACAAAGUCCAAACAGCACAACCUGACCACGGUGAACGUCAGAAACAUCAUCCACGAAGUGAUCACCAACGAACACGUGGUGGCCAUGAUGAAAGCCGCCAUCAACGACACCGAGGCCGUCCCUCCAUUUGAGCCCAAAAUGACUCGGUCCAAGUUUAAAGAAGUCGUGGAGAAAGGAGUGGUGAUUCCAGCCUGGAACAUUUCUCCCAUCAAGAAGACCAGCGAAGUCAACAAGGCUCCGCAGUUUGUGGACAUCCCUCUGGCUGAGGAAGACUCCUCCGAUGAAGAGUACCGUCCUGAUGAGGAAGAGGAGGACGAGACUGCUGAAGAUACGUUCCAGGAGAGUGACAUGGAGAGCACAGCUUCGUCUCCCAGAGGGAGUCGGCUGAACAGGGUGGAGGAGGACAGCUGCAGUCCCUGGCAGACUUCUCGGAGUCGCUCCAGGCGUUUGAGGGCGGGGUCUGUCUCAAUGGGACCUCCCCCUCCCCCCAAAGCCCCGCCACCCAAAGCAGUGACUGACAGCACCUUCCUGGAGGAACUCCAUGCUGUGGAGGAGGAGCUGGCUGUGUGUAUGGAGCCCUACCAGCCUCUGUCUGAGUCGGAGGAGGAGGUGGGUCUGAUGGCGUACCGGACUCGGUCCAAGCGUCCUCUACGUGACAUCCCGCUGGGCCGUCUGGAGGCGGAGCUCCGAGCUCCUGACAUCACACCUGACAUGUACGACUCCAGCUCCGCCCACGAGGACAGGGAGUGGACUGAUUGGCUGAGAGGACUAAUGACCUCAGAGAUGGACAAUGAAGAGGAGUGUGAUGAUGAAGAUGAUCCAGAAUAUAACUUCCUGGCUGACAUCGAUGAACCCGACCAGGAGGAUUACCGCGACGACAAGGCUGUCCGCAUCACCAAGAAGGAGGUGAACGAGCUGAUGGAGGAGCUGUUUGAAACACUGAAAGAAGACCUUGCGGGACAGGAAGUGGAAGAUGAAGGCCACGAGGAAGAGGAGGAGCCUCAGGAGGAGACGCACGCUGUUCAAACACACACACCUGCGGAGCAGCACAACACAGGACCAGGUGAUGACGAGGCGGCGGACGGACCAAUCACAGAGCUGCGUACGGUGAAGCAGCAGCUGGCGUUGAUCAAGAAGAGACAGCAGCUCGGUCUGCCGACACACACACUGUGUAACACGCACACACACAGUCCGGAGCCAUACACACUGAAGCUGGACGGACAGCAGAGGAGCAGACUGCAGCAGCAGCUGCAACAGCACGUCCAGCUGUUGACUCAGAUUCACCUGCUGAGUUCACCUGUGGCCAAACUUCACAGUGAGGCUGAGACCACCAGACAGUUCCUGUUUGAGUUGGACCUGUUGGCUCAGAGGGGCGAGCUGCUGAUGUCUUCAGGACGUCCUGGUUUCUGCAGCGUCUUCAGAGCCUCCAACCUGCAGGGGGCGCUGCAGCUGCUGGAGGAGCUGCGACAGACCCCCAUCAGCUACCAGCCGCAGCACCACCCGCCUGACACCAGAGGACACAUGCGUUGCUACCCCGUCAUGCCGGCUGAGCUGGCCUGGCUCUUUGCCACCCGUCCCCCCUUCCUGUACCCCGAGCUGCUGCCCUGUGCCAGCCUCGACCCGGCGUUAUACUGCCCCCGCAGGACGGCUGCCUUCACUGCAGCUGAGGACUGCCUCCUGGUUCUCGGUCUCAGGAACAUGGAGGGGGCAUGUGACCCCACUAAGCUGGUGUCUCAGUUCCUGCUGAGGAAGACUCUGGUCCAGGUCCGACGGAGGAUCCUGCAGUGCUGCAGACCUGGUUUCCCCGACAACAUCGUUAAGGCGUUCAGGUACCAGCGGCUGCUGUGGCCGAUGCUGGUGGCCUGCCGGCGCGUCGACCCGGCAGAGCGGCGCCCCCCGGUGGAGAGAGAGGAGCGCGUCAUGCCUCUGUGGCUGGUGAGGAGUCUUCCUGUCAUCUACCCGACCAUCAAACGCUAUAACAGCCCGUCUGGCUCCGCCCCCGAGGCCCCGCCCCUGCAGCUCAGGUGGAGCCCGUCAGAGUCACCUGACCUUCCUCCGCUCUGCCUCCAACACCUACAGCUUCCCCGGGACCAGGUACCCCCCCGCCUCCCCAAACACCUUGACUUCAGGCGCAUCGGCUUUGUGCUGCUGCACGAGCACCUCCCCCUCAGAGCAAAUCAGACGACACUAUCAGACUCUAACCAGCCUGAGGAGGAGGAGGAGGAGGAGAGUGAUGAAGAGGCUGUUACUCCUCCUCCUCCUCCUGAAUACCCCGCCCCCUCUCAGGAGCAGCAGCAGGAGGAGGAGGAGGAGGAGCAGCAGCAGGAGGAGGAGGAGGAGGAGGAGGAGGAGCAGCAGGAGGAGGAGGAGGAGGAGGAGGAGGAGCAGCAGCAGGAGGAGGAGGUGUUUGCUCAGGAUUAUCUCCUCAGAGUGUGUGAUGCGGUGCAGGUGUCUCCGGGCCUCUCUGAGCAGCUGCUGCAGGUGUUGGACCAGUUCUCAGCGGCGGGGCCCCCGGGGGCCCCGGAGGUUCUGUACGACAGGCUGAGCCGCGUGCUGCGGCCCUGGCCUCAGCUGCUCAGAGACUUUGCUGCCUUCCUGAGCCGAGGACAGGCCCGCCGCUGCGGACUGCUGCUGGAGCAACAGCUGUUCGAACGCAGUCGGCGGUUUCUACGGCGACUGGGGCGGAGCCUGGGAGAAGGCUCCUCCCUCUACCAGCAGGUGGUGUCAGUGCUGCAGGGAAGCUCCGCCCCCCCACCUGCCGACAUGGACAAGAUCUCGUCUCUCCUCAAACGCCACCCGGACCUGCAGGAGGAAUUCUGGGAGUUUUUCCAGCAGCUUCACGGCCAGUCGUCGCCCCUAGCAACCAGCUCCGAGACCACAGAGACGGACCACGUUUCCCAGAAUCCUCCUGGCGGGAACAGGAAGAGAGUCGACCGUCAGACGUCUGAAGAGAGCGAGACAGGAAGUGACGGAGCGGAAGAGGAGGAGUCGGAGCGACCGGUUUGUGCCAAAAACAUCUCGAUGACGGCGACGGGAGAGAAAGUCGUGGUCUGGACCCGUGAGGCGGACCGUGCCAUCCUGACAGCCUGUCAGCAGAGAGGAGCCAAUCGGAAAACAUUCAGAUAUGUCUCCGCCCAGCUGGGAAACAAGACCGCCCAACAGGUGAGUCUUCGUUUCCACGACCUGAUCAAUCUUUUUCACUCCGCCUUCCAAAAGUCCACUUCCUGUUCCUCAGAGGGCCAGCCAAUCAGCACACAGGAAGCAGCCCUGGACUGAAUGCGGGUCCAAUCACAGAUGAGUCUGCUUUCGAUGACAAAGUGGACUUCAGAGCCGAGACUCUGAUCCAGAACCUGUGACGUUUCGGUUCCAGUUUAAACGCAAACACUGAAGUCCAGCAGAGGGCGCUCUGCGUCAAACUGUCCGUCUGCGGUCACUUCCUGUUUGAAAAGUAACUGUAGAGUUCUUCAGAGGGUUCGGCACUCUGAGGUCGAGACGUUCACGUUAACCCAUGAAGGUCUGAGCGACUGAAAGUGUUCAGCAACGGGAUUCUCGAGUUCAGUGAAGGUUACGUGUGAUGUGGAAAAGUCUCUAAACGUUGUAGCGUUCCGUUGUUCUGGAGACGCCAGCUGUUUCAAAAGGUGUCAGAAGUUCAAAGCAAACGAGUGAAAGUGAAUCAGCUCCGGAUUCAUUCAGGACGUUUCUAACAGCUUCAGUUAGAGUUCAUCCAGAGGAUUCAGGCUGUAGAGCGACUUCAUACAUCAAUAAUACAUUCACUUCAACGCUGUUCUGUCUUCAGAACCGUCAUUCGAGAUGUCACCGGAUCUGUUCCAUCCAGGUUUAACUGGGACGGAUUCUAGAUUCAACGAGUCGCCGUGAAGUCUGGCAGCUGUGGGGCAGCUGUGGGGCAGCUGUGGGGCAGCUGUGCGGCAGCUGUGUGGCAGCUGUGGGGCAGCUGUGGGGCAGCUGUCUGGCAGCUGUGCGGCAGCUGUGCGGCAGCUGUGGGGCAGCUGUGGGG